AUGAUGCUAAAAGACAUCUCGAAUAUUUCGGUCUCUCGACGCAUGGACGACAGGUCUCCUCCGCGCAAGGCAAUGAAACCGGCAAAAGUCAUCGAGAACAUCCAAAGGAGCAGAGAAUUGGAGCUCCAGAAGGCGCAGGAGUGGAAGGACAAGAACCAGCAGGAGCUGAAUGAUCUCAACAGUGAGCUGUGGAGAAUCCGCACAGACCUACCUGAGCUCGAGUUGGACCUUGAAAAGCUGAACAACCAGCUUUUUGAGCUAGAAAAGCAGUACAAAGAGAAGGAAAACGAGCUUGCAGAGGCCGACAAACGGCUGGAGAGCGAGAUUGCAGAAUUGAAACAAGAGUUUGAGCUCUACAGGUGCAACACAGAACUGGAGUUUAAUCGCAAAAUUGAGCAGUUAAGUGCAGACUGCGACUCAAAGGUUCAGAGCGAAAUAGCCCAGAAACAGGCCGCCUACACAAAUGCCAGACGAAAAUUAGAGACAAGAAAAGAAGAGCUCGUAAGGCAGAUCAACGAGGAGAAAUUGCAUUUUCAGAGCGAACACGAGCGCAUAAUAGAACGGAGACGCGUCAGGCUGGAAGCUGUGGACAGAGAGUAUGCACGAGAACUGAAUAUCUUGGAGGAGGACAAGAGGGAGAUUACUCAGGCAGUUGCUGCUGUCUAUUGCAACUUCGAGGCCCUGGAGGCAAAAAUCGCCAGAAGAGAGCAAGAAAGACAGGAGCUGGAGUCACAAGUGGAGUCUACAAGACUCAGGUCGGCACAGUUUGAAGAAAAGACGGCCGAGAUACGUCACGAGAUACAAGUGCUAAAUAUUGAGUUCCAGAAAAAAGUCGGGCUUUUGCAGCAAAAACAGCAAGAUGCCGAGCAAUUUGUCACCUCCACUGUUGCACUGAAAGAGCAGCUUCUGUCCGAAGAACUGGCCCGUCGCAAGGCCCAUAAUAUUCUCCAGGAUCUAAAAGGAAACAUUCGUGUCUUCUGCAGAGUCAAGCCGGAACAGAGAGAAAACUGUUUCAAGCACCAGAUGUUCGCAUCUACAGACUCAAACGACGGAAAGGAGCAAAUUAUUAUCACUGAACCACCGCUCACGCAACAGCCACUUCACAGCUUCAGCAAGCCUGCUCCCAAGAACUACAAAUUUGGUUUUGACAAGGUGUUCGGCAUGGACUCGACCAACUCGGAAAUUUUCGACGAAAUCAGCCAGCUGGUUCAAAGCGCCUUGGACGGCUAUAAUGUGUGCAUUUUUGCGUACGGACAGACAGGUUCGGGCAAAACAUUUACGAUGUCUAGCGCGACGGACGGAAUCAUCCCGCGCGCCGUGGACCUGAUAUUUCAGAGAAGCCGUUCCGCCAAGGACAAUGGAUGGGAGUUUAGCAUCACAGGACAAUUCUUGGAGAUAUACAACGAAAACAUCAACGACCUCAUGACAGAGUCUUAUCUGCGCAACUUGGAUACUGUCAAGCACGAAAUCAAGCACGAUGAAGCCACACGAACGACCACAAUUACCGACAUGACCACUGUUGCACUAGAAAACCAAGAGCAGGUGGCUCAAAUUUUAAAAAGCGCCAACAAAAACCGCGCGACCGCGUCCACGAAUGCCAACCAUCGGUCGUCGCGAUCUCACUCCAUUUUCAUGAUCCAGCUGAAUGGCCACAACACGAAAACCAGCGAGUCUGUUGAUGGCAAGCUGAACCUCAUAGACCUGGCCGGGUCUGAGCGGAUAUCGCAAUCGAUGGUGACUGGAGAUCGCCUUAAAGAAACGCAAUCCAUCAACAGGUCGCUCAGCUCUCUGGGUGACGUGAUAACCUCUCUGUGCAACAAAAGCCAGCAUAUCCCAUACAGAAACUCAAGAUUAACAUAUCUUCUACAAUACUCGCUUGGCGGAGACUCCAAGACUCUCAUGUUUGUUAACAUAUCCACCAAAUUACAGCAUUUCAACGAAACACUCAACUCGCUCCGUUUUGCCACCAAGGUGAAUAGUACACAGCUGCAGACGAAAUAG